GGUGUUCUCUCAUUUGUGUCUGGACGUAGCUAGCCAACUUUAGCCAAUAGUUUGGGUGCUUGACUGUCGUUGGUAGGUCAUAACACUCGGAUGAACCCUACCCCUGGGCCAGAGCUUGAUGGACCCGAGUGCGAAACGCUCUGAAUUUAUGAACCGCACAGUCUGACAUUGCAUUCCAGAGUGAAUUUGCGAACACACCCGUAAUUUACGCCACUGCAUCGGAAUGCCACAGUCGCUUUGGAUUGGUGGAGCCUUGUGCCAGUCGUCGAACACAUUAGGUCGUGACAAACAUCCUCUGAAACAACUAGCUAGCAGCGAUGGAGUGGGAGUGCUGAGGUAGUUAGUUCGUGAGCGAGUCACAAACAAGUCAGCUGAGUGUUCAAGAAGCCAGUAUCUAUUAGCUAGUUACUUAGCUAGAAACUCACCGAUUGCCAGUCAAGCCAAGACAUUGCAGUUUAGAAGCAUUGCUGCUAUUGCUGUUAGCUAGCUAGUUAGUUCUUACGGCACAACCCAUUCAACUUGUCAACUGGGCUGGCUGGCUAGCAAGUAGGGAUUUAGCUAGCUCACUGAAGUAAGGGGUAGUGUGUUUUUUAUCCCCACACUGUGGGCCACAGUCUACAACUUGCCUUUGCCUGCCUAACAACAUUGCAGUCAUGUCCGCGGCAGGAGACUUCGGAAACCCUCUAAGGAAAUUUAAAUUGGUCUUUCUUGGCGAACAGAGCGUGGGGAAGACUUCAUUGAUUACCAGGUUCAUGUACGACAGCUUCGACAACACCUACCAGGCCACAAUAGGAAUAGAUUUCCUGUCAAAAACCAUGUACCUCGAAGACCGAACAAUCAGGUUGCAGCUGUGGGAUACGGCUGGGCAGGAGCGUUUCCGUAGCCUCAUCCCCAGUUAUAUCCGAGACUCCGCUGCCGCUGUCGUAGUAUACGACAUCACAAAUGUCAACUCUUUCCAGCAAACCACAAAAUGGAUUGAUGAUGUCAGAACGGAGAGAGGAAGUGAUGUCAUCAUCAUGCUGGUGGGAAACAAGACGGACCUUGCAGACAAAAGACAGAUAACCACAGAGGAAGGGGAACAGAGAGCCAAAGAGCUGAAUGUUCUUUUUAUUGAAACAAGUGCAAAGACAGGCUACAAUGUCAAACAGCUGUUCCGACGUGUGGCUGCUGCCCUCCCUGGCAUGGAGAGCACACAGGACAAGAGCAGAGAAGACAUGAUUGACAUAAAGCUGGAGAAGACCCCAGAACAGCCCGUCAGCGAAGGAGGCUGCUCCUGCUAACUCCAGCCUCCGUUUAUCACUCUCUCCAUCACUGUUUCUCUCUCCUGCGCUUUGUUCUUGAUCUUUCUCACCCUGGCUUAUCGGCCUCUAUACUGUACCUAUCCUCUCUGCUCUUCCUCUGAACCCCUUGAUUCCUGACUCCUUCACCACAGCCUGAAAGAGAAGAACACUACCUGUCCGUCAUCCCUGUCGUCGUGGAAUCCCGUCGUGGAAUCGCUGAGAUUACCUUAAGCAUAACAAGCAAAAUGUGGAUGUGAAUGCUAUUUUAUUUCCGUUGAACUUUAACUCUACUUUGGCAAUGAAAAAGGAAAUGAUUUAUUGUUAAAUUUUUCAAGCACUGCGUCUUGUUCUGUAAUACGCCAUGCAAGUGACUCGUUCUUACGUCCUACUUCCGUGUUCAUGCCCCUGGUCUUUUACAUGGGCCUACAGAUAUCAUCAAAUUAAUUGAAACGCAGUUAUAUAUUACGCUUUGUGGAUGGAACUACUUCUGCAGAUGCAUUUUAUGACAUUUUUGACAUUUGAAGACUAUUUAAAAAAAAAAAGAGAAAAAAAAAGCCUGGAACAGUUAAAAAAACAUCAAGCCUACUUGCUGCGUCGCUUGCAUGGGUAUAUUCUGGAAAUGGUUGGUUACACAGUAGUCAAAAAUGAUUGCAGCAUGUGAGAAACAGACUUCAGAGUAAUGGAUAACCAAGUGGAAUUGUUCUGCCCUAAGUGGGCUUAGCAGCCCCCAAGAAUUAUCACCCACUCGGUAAACAGCACACCAACCUUACCUUUUUAUGCCGGUCCCACCACAUAGCAGCUACAGUGUCACUCCACCGAAGCAUGGUAUGACAACACAAUGUAGGGAAACCACAAGAACUCACACACACAGCAUGAUGACAUAAUUCCCACCACAACGUGACGCAAAGUAACAAUAGAACACAAGGCCAGUUUCACUACCACAACACGACCGUCCUUCAUUAUUCACCUUGUCCUCACAAAUGAAUAAAAGGGAUCUUCACCUUGGCUGCCAUUUUCUAUUAUAUCUCUUGGUUAGAUCUUUACUUUUUUCUAAAAGUACAAUUAUUACCAUAGAUGAAACGAUAUUGCUUUGGAGAACGGUACUGUUUGCAAAAUGAUUUUUGUAUAUUGAGAAGUAUCAUAUUCAACGCAAACCCAACUUCGUUAGAUAUGCAGACAUGCCUUUUUAAGUGCUCAUUGUAAGAGGGCUUCCAUGGUUUUGGGAUUUCCUAGCUUUGUUUGGUUUAAUGUUAUAUCGACACUUUAGUUAUUUUUUUGAUCUUUCGUUAAUGAGAAUUAUCUUACAUGUUCAUUCAAUCCAUAAUGACUUGUAAUAUUUAUUUCGACUGGAUCAUGUUUCUUUUUUUUAUUACUGUUAAUAUGAUCAUUGUUGGGAUGAUCCCUAAUUGACUAGAGUAUUUUGUCAACCACCUUAUUUUUUUAUUUUUAUUUUUUAUUUAUUUUUUAUUUUUCCCCAAACAUGUCCUCCAGCUCUUCAGGUAAUGUCUCUACCCCCAAAAUGUUGAUUUGAUCAAACUGAAGAAGAAAAAACCACAAACCUGGAGGAAAGUCCAGUAGCGUCUUGGUCCGUAACCUUUUAUCUUUGGAAUGGUUUUAACUGGAUGUUGGAGGCUGUCUGUGCUGCCACAAGCUCAUCAUUUGCACUGCUAGAAGUAAUCAGUGUCUUAUCGUCAUCCCCAAGAAAGGUCUGCGUUUAACUGAAAUGUCCUUUUUUCAUGGUUGAAUAAAUAGAUAAAUGCUAGACAAGGAGA